AUGGGCAUGACCGUGUCCCAUCAGUCCGGCAACACCAGCCACACCGGACGUCUCAUUAUGGCCGGCGCCGCCAAGUUUGGCCACCUCUUAACCACCUUCUGCUUGGGAUCCUUCUUCGCAGGCUUCAGCAAAGCGGAUUGCGAGUUGAUCUAUUCGGGCCGCUACUCACCCAACAUGCUCGCCGCCGCGGUGGCGGUGGUUGCCGGCUGCAUGGUACACUACUGCAAGGAGCACGCGGGUGAUGGCAAUGACAACACCUCAGAAUGCUUGCUGCUCUUCGCCUUCUCCCAGGGUAUCCAGAACGGCAUCACCCGAAGGUGCUUGUCCCUGCCCAUCUGCACCACGCACUUCACAGGCUACUUGACGGACGUGGGCACCGGCUUCGGCGCUUGGGCUCGCGCCGUGAUGAAUGGCGAGAACCCACCCACCUUGCUGAAGGUGCUGCUCUUCGCUGCGGGGAUCCUGUUCUUCGGCCUGGGCGGAGUGGCCGCCAAGGAGCUUCACGGACCUUACAACAUGCAGGUGACGCAUGAAGCGGUUUCGUUUCGGUUUCGGUUUUCUCUCCGCCCAAAACGACGUGGUGGAAGGAGUCCGCGGCGUUUAUGUUGGUCGAAUGUUUUCAAGACACCGACGCGUAUAUUUACAUCGGGACAGUUGUUUGGCCGGGUCUGA